UAAAUUUUUCACGUAUCUUCACUGCUACAAUUGACCUUGGAAGAACCCUAAUUAGUGCAGGUCUAUCACCAUCUUCUUCUUCUCGAUUCAAUCAGAUUCGUGAAAGAAGAAGUGAAACAAUGAAGCUAUCGUUUUCCGUCCCCUCACGAAAUCCCCAAUCGAAGCCCAAACCCGUCAAUACCUUCGACGACACUUCCACCGCCCAAAAUGACGCUGACGGAUCCAAACACCUCAUCACCGAAUUCGAUCCUUCCAAACCCGGUCCCUCCUCCCCCAAAAUCCUAAUUCCGCCAGUCCAAAACGAAUGGAAACCCUUUAAGAAGAUGAAGAACCUCCACCUCCCCACCGCCGACCCUGAAUCCGAACCCCUUACAUUCGAAGUCCACGCCGUCGACGGCCAACCCGACUCCGACGUCUCCUAUGGCCUCAACCUCCGCACCGACAAAAAGACUGAGCAAAACAACGGCAGCGCACUUCCGCCGCCGCCGCGCCGCGUUCCGGUGGAGGGCACGAUGCUGCAGAAGCUGAAGGACGACAUGGAGAGGCUACCGGACGAUCAGGGGUUCGACGAAUUCAAGGAUGUUCCAGUCGAGGGUUUUGGCGCCGCGCUGCUGGCCGGGUACGGGUGGAAGGAAGGGAUGGGGAUUGGAAAGAACGCGAAGGACGACGUGAAGGUUAGGGAGAUCAAGCGGAGAACUGCCAAGGAAGGAUUGGGUUUUGUUGGUGAUGCUCCUGCUGCGCUGGUUAGGAGUAGCAAUGACAAGGACAAGAAAGCAAAAAGA